AUGCAAUCGCCACAACUGGAGCUCGCCAGCCGCGCAAAGCUGUCGCUGGACAUGAUCCCAGACGCCAGCCCGGAACGCGCCUACCGCGGCUUUACGAACACCCUCCUGGCCGGCUUGGCUCGUUUCACCACCGACGAACCCGGUGCAACCAACGGCUUGCAGCCGAGCUUCCUCGAGGUCGGCCCGCAGCCGCCGCGUAGAGUUUGCGAAGACUUGUAUGCCAUCCCCCGCGACAAGCGAUUGGAUGCCGAUGAAAGCCUGGUCACUCAGAUCAGCGGCUCCGCUCAUGAGUCGACCACGGACAGCCUGCAGUUAACCGCGGAGUUGUUUGCAAGCUACGAGUUCGCCUCCGUUGCGCAACUAGCGGUUGCUUUCUGGCCAGACUCGGAGCCCAUCAUGCCUUCCCUCGUUCCCAACCCCCCAGGGUCUCCCGACUCCCGUCAGCCAAAGGGACCACAGCGCAAGAUCAAGACUGCUCCCCGCAGCCCGGAUUUCCUGCUGUUCUUGAGACGGAUGGCAGACACGGGCGACUGGUCCCAAUUGCCCUAUCUUGCCGUAGAAAACAGGCGCCGCGGAGACACUAGUGUCGAAAAGCUUCGCCUCCAAGUUGGGGAACAGGUCACGCUCAUGUUCAAGGACUACUCCGAGCUGCAGACUUCAACCGUCUCUACCCUGUCGUUAGCUGGGGACCAGUGGUUCUGGCAAGAUUGGGCAUGGGAUGCAGGGAUGCAGGCGGGGAUUGUGGUUCGUAAGCUUUCAGACGGUUUCAAGGAGCUGUUUGUGCUUGUCCAGGGAGAGGGUGGUGAGUAUUAUGAUUUCACUCCCGAGUUCAAGGCGGAAUGGCGCCGCUUUGCGCAGCGCCUGGGCAUGCAUUGUGAUGCAUUCUAUUAG